GCGGCGCCCCGAGUGGCGGGUCGGCCCGCCCGCCGGCUUCAAGUACAAGGUCUCCGACAACCUCCAGAGAUGGGUGAUCGAGGUGGGCGGCGCCGAGGGCACGCUCUACGCCGGCGAGACGUACCAGCUGCAGGUCGACUUCCCCGAGCAUUACCCCAUGGAGGCACCUCAGGUCAUUUUCCUCAACCCGGCGCCGAUGCACCCGCACAUUUACAGCAACGGGCACAUCUGCUUAGAUAUACUGUAUGACUCGUGGUCGCCUGCGAUGACUGUAAGUUCAGUCUGUAUCAGCAUUUUGUCGAUGCUGUCUAGCUCGCCAGCAAAGCAACGCCCGGCGGACAAUGAUCGCUACGUUAGGAACUGCCGCAACGGGAGGUCGCCCAAGGAGACCCGAUGGUGGUUUCAUGACGACAAAGUAUGAGGGGCAUCGAAUCAAUUGGCUCUUCUGGCCACCCCAUACUCGCCAGCCAGCCUUCCUUACCGUGAAAGAAAUCUCUUCCAAGGGGAGAUGAGAUGAGAUGAUUUAGGCUUAAAAAUUUAAGCUAAGCAACCCCUCUAUCGUACUGCGGAUCUUAACAUGCUGUGGUGGUUUGUACAUGAGCUCAACACAUGUUGUCGAAACGUGAAUAUAUCAUCGCUACCGACGAUGAGAGAUAUAUAGAAUAAGCAAGUGUAACCUGUCGAUGCGCUGGUACAGGCACAAAAGGAAUGCAGAUUUAUCUAUGAUUUGCUA